UUUUGAAAAUCUUCUCUUAUCUAAUCUUUGAAAAAGAAUUUUAGCAUUUCUCUUUCCUUUUCCAUCAAGAUUUUCAGUCGCAUUUUUACACUUGAACACGGUUUAUGAUUUGCUUGCCUUGAAUCCUUUUUCUUUUUGUUUGGAAUCAUUUUCUUCGAUGGGACUGGUCUUAAUUAAUUAAGAUUAUUAUUUUAUUAGUGUUAAUCUAAGAACUUUACAAGACACAAAAGCUUGAGUGAUCACUGGAGAUAUCAAGAAAUGGAUGCUCAUGUUGAGAAAGUCUAUGUUGUUCUUGGUAAUGAUUUACAAGAUGGGUUCAAGACUUUGGAUUGGACAAUUAAGAAAUGGAAACCAAAUCCAAUCUCCAUUGUCAUUAUUCAUGUCACUUACAACAUUUCCAAGGACUUUGUUUACACCCCAUUUGGAAAGCUUCCUGCAAGUUCUGUUAGUGAAGAGAAGCUCCAAGUUCUUAGGAAGUAUGAGCAUGAAAAGAUAGAGAAGUUGCUUUCAAAGUACAUAGCUUUCUGUGGAAAGGCAAAAGCUGAAAUUCUGAAAGUUGAGAAAUCUGAUGAACCCAUUCACAGAGUCAUAGUAGAAUUAAUCUCAAGGUACAAGAUAACCAAAUUGGUCAUGGAUUUCACAUUCUUGAGAUCUACCUCAUGCAGGAGAUCAAAGAAUGCAAUCAGUGGAUCAUUCUACAUCCAUCAGCAUAAACCGAGUUUUUGUGAAUUCUUCAUAGUAUGUGGAGGGAAAUUAGUAAUCCUCAGAGGAGAAAAUGAAGAUGUAAUCAUGGAAGAUAAUCAAGGACUAACUGUUGCAAGAAAGGGUAACUUAAAGAGUUGGCUGGGGAAAAUGUUCAAUGAACACUACUCUUUAGCAAGGCGCUCAACUGCCUCAUCCAAAAGCCUGGAUUCACUCAAUGAGCAAAAUCAGUGGGAAAAUUGUACAAUAGAGAUUCAAAAUUAUUAUGAGCAUCUGUUAUCUUUGAAUUUGGAUGAAGAAAAUUGUGAGGAAGAGAAUGAUGAUUCAUUGGAAGGAGGUGUGCCAGAAACCACUGAGAGCAUGAGCGUGGCAGCAAAAUCCGAAUAUAUGAGGAGUAAAAUAGAUGAUGCUCAGAAAAUAAUCCGGUUGAAGAAAGAAGAAGCCAAGGCAAAUGCAGAACGGUCUGCAAAAGCUGAGUGGGCAGUAUGCUUAUGCAAUACCAGGGCUGAGGAACUUGAAGCUAAGAUAAAAGAAGAGGUUGCUAACAGAAUAGAAAUAAAGAAAGCAUUGGAUGGUGAAAGAGAACAAAUUCAAGAAAUGAGGAGUGAUAUAGCAGAAAACAAGAAUAGGCUGAAGUCACUUGUCGUCCUGCAAUCAGAGCUCACAAGCAAGCUCCAAUUAUCAACUUUGGCAAGAUCACAUGGGGAGGCUCAGUUAGAGAAAGCAGUCAUUGCAAGAGCAGAAAUGGUGAGGGAUAUCGAAAAGUUACGAGGGCAAAGAGACGUUCUUCAGCGCAGAGUAGAGUUCUGUAAAGAAAAAGAUGCAAUAGGAACGGUAAAAAAGUUAACUGAGUUAACCUGUGGUUACAGGGAGUACUCUGCAGAGGAUAUCAGAUUGGCAACUGAUGGUUUUUCUGAGACGUUGAGAUUCAAAUCCGGCAGGGAUUGGACCAAUGUAUAUCGAGGACGCAUUCAUAAUGCAGCUGUUGCAAUCAAAAUGCUGAAUCCUGACCAUGCUUUGUCUCGAGAAGAUUUUCUUUCCAAGGUGAAACUUCUUAAUAACAUCAGACACCCACAUGUGAUUGCCAUAGUGGGCUUCUGCUCUGAGCCGAAAAGCAUCAUAUUUGAAUACAUGCACAAUGGAAGCUUAAGAGAGAUCUUGUUUUCCUCCCAAAGAAACCAUAGAAAAAGAAACCGGGCCCUCACAUGGCAUGAUCGGAUCCGAAUAGCCCAAGAAUUAUGUUCAGGCCUGGGCUAUCUCCACUUGGCUAACCCUAGGCCCAUUAUUCAUGGCCACUUGACAACAUCCAGUAUUCUCCUGGACCGUCAUCUAGUCGCUAAGAUAAGUGGGCUUGGGCUAAAUCAGUGCUACGAUGCAAAUAACGAUACGCGACCCGACAUUCGGGCUUUUGGAGUACUAUUAUUUCAUCUUUUGACAGGGAAAAACUGGGCUGGGCUUGUUGAAGAGACAACGAAAAUAGAUCGGACGGCCUUGGUCGGGGUUUUGGAUGAGUUGGCAGGACAAUGGCCGUUGGAUUUGGCUGAAGAACUUGUUGGUAUAGCAAUGAAGUGCAUGUCCAUCAACUCUAGAGAUUUUACCCUAGCAGAAGUAAUGGAAGGGCUUGAUACAGUAAGGAAAAAGGCUAAUGAGAUAGUGGCCAAAGGUGGGCGUCAGGCUGACGAUAAAGAGAACUCUAGUGAAGUACCAGGCAUAUUCCUCUGCCCCAUUUUUCAGGAUGUAAUGAAAAAUCCACAUGUAGCAGCAGAUGGAUUUUCUUAUGAGUUAGAAGCCAUAGAGGAAUGGUUAAAGACGGGACGAGACACUUCACCCAUGACAAACUUGAGACUUGAGCACACAUUCCUUACCCCUAAUCACACUCUUCGUACCCUAAUCCAAGACUGGCAUCAGAAGAAAUCCAUAGGCACUUCAUGACAUGAUUAUGUAUAUUUUACUUUGUAAAUUGACAGAAAUAAUAAACAACACGAUUCAUUGUUUAGGGCAUUA